AAGGGGCGCAGAUAGGGGCGCAGCUCAAUCCGGCGAAGCUGGCUGCUCUGAACCUCCAAAUCUGGCGUGGCUUAUCACUGGCCUAUUCGAUGUGGGGAACUCCCCGAACUGCUGGAGCCUAUAUCAUAAGGCUGCCUAGACCUUUGCUGAGCUGCUUCUCUGCACCGUGUACCGGCCAAGAUGGCAGAACUGAUAUCUGCUUCAUCCGCUUCAAGUAGUCACAUUGUUAGCGGCUCACACAAUCUGGACGGAGAGGUGAUCGAUAUCCGAACUACCGUCCCCACCCUAGGUGAUGGAGGCGAGAACAGUGUUCUCAUGGAAGUCAUACACGAGGUUGAUCUCUCGCGGGAGGAGGCGGAGCAUUUUGUUCAGCGCGUGGAGCGCCAGUUGAAGAUGCUUCGCUCUUUGAUUUAUACAAACAUUGCUCGAUUCCAAGAAUGGAUAGUGAAUCUUGAGGAUAAGACCUGGCUUCGCGCGAGAGUUACAUACGCUGGUUGUGAGGGAGGGAAAGUGAUGGAUUAUCUCAGCGCAAAUGUGAAUGCGGAUCGUCAAAGACUGAUUCUUGGGGUUUCCCGAGGGCUUUCAUAUCUUCACUCUAACGAUGUCGUUCAUGGGAAUCUCAAUCCAGUUCGUACGCUCUGGUCCACUCAUGUUGAAACCACUAGUUAGCCAAUUUACCAGAACAACGUCCACAUCGGCCAUGAUGUCGGUGAUGAGGAUCCCAUUCCUCGAAUCAGUGGCUUUGGGUUCUCGUACGCCAUGAGAGAUGAACCCGUCCACCUCAAAGUGGAGGGUGCGUUCUCUGUAUCCUUAAGAUAUGUCGCCCCAGAAAUUCUGGCUGGAGACGGAGUCCCAUGCGACCGACAAGGUGACGUUUGGUCCCUUGGAUCCACGCUGUCGCAGGUAUUCCAUAUCUUUCUGUGUAU